CUACAACACAAGUGAGGACAACGAUAUCUUCUCUGCCCGAUUGACACUCUCGUUUCCCCCCGCGGUGGCCCAGCCCCUGCCCUCCGACCAGUGCCUGCUUCAUUCCACAGCUAGCUCGUUCUCCGACGUCCUCACUCCUGCCACUGUAAAGUGCGAACCCUAAGAUACGUGUUUUUUUGGCCCAAAUGGAGGACCAUGAUAUUGAUGAAGAGGAGUUUGAAUUCUCAAGAAACUAUUUCUUAGCAAAAGAGUCGGGAAAGUCAGGGAAGAAAUCAGCCCGUAAGAUUUCUGAAAUUGAUCUCGUUGACGAACAGGAUCUUCGAGCUGAGGUGUCUAACAUUGAGCCAAAGCAUGAGAAAGAGAUUGCUUCAUUGAUAAAUAGUUACAAGAGUCUGUACAAUGAGUGGGUUUUUGAGUUGAGGUAUGGUUUUGGUCUUCUAAUGUACGGUUUUGGAUCUAAGAAGACUUUGCUCGAAGAUUUUGCUUCAACAGCCUUAACUGAGUAUAAUGUGAUUGUCGUUAAUGGAUAUCUUCAGUCAAUCAAUCUUAAACAGGUUGCUAUGGCGAUGGCUGAAGUACUAUGGGAUCAAUUGAAAAUGCAACCAAGGUCUACUUCUGGAGGCUUGCUUAAAGAUCAACAACCAUUUAAUUCGCGGUCAAUGGCUGAUCUUAUUGCUUUUCUCGAUGGGCCUCAUGCAGCAGAAGAUGAAUGCUUAGUUUGUCUUCUUGUUCACAAUAUCGAUGGGCCUGGGUUGCGAGAUUCAGAAACUCAGCAUCUUCUAGCAAGAAUUGCGGCUUGUUCUCAUGUUCGAAUUGUUGCUUCUAUAGACCAUGUGAACGCACCUCUUUUGUGGGACAAGAAAAUGGUUCACGUAGAGUUCAACUGGUGUUGGCAUCAUGUUCCUACGUUUGCACCGUACAUGAUUGAAGGAGUCUUCCAUCCCCUUAUUCUUGCUCAUGGUGGUACAUCCCAAAGUGUGAAGACGGCUUCAAUCGUGUUGCAGAGUUUGACACCCAAUGCGCAAAGCGUCUUCAAAGUUCUUGCACAACAUCAACUAGCUCAUCCUGACGAAGAAGGAAUGGGCAUUGAUGCACUAUUCACAAGCUGUAGGGAGCGGUUUUUAGUGAGUAGUCUUGUGACGUUGAAUUCCCAUUUGACGGAAUUCAAAGAUCACGAGUUGGUGAAGAUGAGAAGACACUCGGACGGGCAGGACUGCCUCUACAUUCCUCUCUCAAAAGAUGCACUUGAAAAACUGCUACUAGAUGUAUGAAUUUAUUCAUCAGAGUUGGGUUUGUCUUGCCAUUGACUAGAUAGCAAGACUUAUUGUGACAAUAACCAAACACAUCAGAUCACCUUGAAACUGUUUUAUCUAUAACUAGUUAAAACU